AUGGGCGGGUACCAAGCUGAAUUGUAUUUCCUUGCCGUAGGACUAGAUAUCAGAGAGAAGCUAGACCUUCUGCGCACCCAACUAGUGGGCGGCAUAGAUGAAUCCCGCUACUUGAAGUUUUCUCUCGAAGCAUAUGGCACUUGCUCGGACGACCCGAAGUCGCAACUUUACCAAGCAUUUUUGGGGUCUAGUCAUGACAGGGUAUGGAGGAUUCCAUCUGUAAGAGUCGUGCGUAUUUUGUCUGGCAAGUCGUUGAACGCCACUAGUAAGAUCAACGUUAAGGUGCACGUGGAGGACAUGGUGAUACCCGUGGGGUCCGUAGUUUCCACAGAACCCUUCGAUGGUCAGGAUUCAUAUGAUCCCAAGAUGGUCACGGAUUUGAGCACCUUCGGUCCUACUACAAAGACCCACCUCGGUGCAUACGGCAAGAUCGUUUUGGAACGUUCUGGAGACAAGGGUGGGAAUGUUAAUGUCGGGCUGUGGGACUACAAGCCCGAGUAUCGUAUUGAACGAUUCGAGAUGACCUACGUUCGUGCCGUCGACUUCAUCACAUAUGGCAUUCUUGAAGAUGGCAUUAGCUCCACGUCCGUCUUGGGUGGGUUGGCUAAGAGCUUCGGCGAGUUCAUAUGA